CUUAGUUUAAACCGGACUCCCGCUACAGAGAGAGGUGUCAGGUUUCCUCGUGAGAUGUGAAGCUAAGCUAAGCUAGCCCUCCAUCAUCAGCAGCGGAGAGUCUCGAUAAACUGACCCGCUCCUGGUUCACCUCAGCGGACCGUCCGUGGACCAGCACCGCGCUGUGGAGGCCGACGUCAUGGCGGAGGUAGCGGACAGCGGCUCGGCUCACACCGGGAAGAGGAGACAACCGGCGGGGAGGAAGAGCCGCCGGAGCAAGAAGCCCUCCAGCCGGGUGAGUCUGGAGAAAGUUUUGGGCAUCAGCACGGCCAGCAGCAGCGGUUUGACCUCUGACCCCAAAUCUGGGCUCAUCGCCUACCCUGCAGGGUGCGUCAUCGUUCUGCUUCACCCGAAGAAGAACAAACAGCGUCACAUCACCAACGUGUCCAGGAAACCCUUCAGCGCUCUGGCCUUCUCCCAUGAUGGAAAACACCUGGUCACUGGUGAGAGUGGUCACAUGCCCUGUGUGCGGGUGUGGGAGGUGGAUGGAGGUCAGGUGGCCGAGGUUCAGUCUCAUAAAUACGGAGUUUCCUGCGUCGCGUUCUCCACCAACAGCAGCUACAUCGUGUCUGUGGGUUACCAACAUGACAUGACUGUUAGUGUGUGGGACUGGAAGAAAGGUGCAAUCAUCGCCUCCAACAAAGUGUCCAGCCGAGUGUUCGCCGUGUCGUUCUCUCAGGACAACAGCUACUUCGUCACCGCAGGAAACCGACACGUCAAGUUCUGGUACCUGGACGCCUCCAAAGAACGACGGGUGAACAGCACGGUGCCUCUGAUUGGUCGGUCAGGGUUGCUAGGCGACCAUAAGAACAGCGUGUUCAGCGGGGUGGUGUGUGGGCGUGACCUCAUGGCGUCCAGCACCUACUGCAUCACCAGCUCCGGUCUGCUGUGUCUGUUUAACAGCAGCCGACACCUGGAGGCCUGGGUCAACCUCAAGACGUCGGCGGCGAGCUGCCUGGCGGUCAGCGAGGACUUAAUCUUCUGUGGUUGUGCUGACGGAGCCAUCCGAGUGUUCAGUCCAUCCAACCUCCAAUACAUCACCACUCUGCAGCGCCCUCACCGCCUGGGGGUCGACCUCACGCAGAUCGGCGGCCUGUUACCUGCCGGUUCUGGUGCGCGGUACCCUGACACGUUGGCCGUGACCUUUGACCCCGUGGCCAGACACCUGACCAGUGUGUACAACGACCACAGCGUGUACGUGUGGGACGUCAAAGACGUGAGGAACGCGUGGAAGCUGUACUCAGCUCUGUACCACAGCAGCUGUGUGUGGAGCGUCGAGGUGUAUCCAGAGCAGUCAGACGGGUCUCCGGCUCGUCUUCCUCCCUCCUCCUUCCUCACCUGUUCCUCUGACAACACCGUCAGAAUCUGGACCACCGACCCGCCCCCUGGACAGGGGAACCUCUACAGCAACGACCUGCAGAGGAUCCUGUACGUUGGGGAGAACACGCAGCACCUGCAGGCCGAGGGGGAUCGGGGGAGGGAGGCCGCCGCCGGGUCUGAUGGGAAGUCUGGCGUCAGAGUCCUGAGCAUCAGUCCUGAUGGACGACACCUGGCGGCCGGAGACCGCUGUGGAAACCUGCGUAUCUUCGGUCUGGAGUUCCUGGACGAGCUGGUGAAGAUCGAGGCUCACGACUCGGAGGUGUUGUGUUUGGAGUUCUCUCCCACGUCCACAGGUGUGAAUCUGUUGGCGUCGGCCAGCAGAGAUCGACUGAUCCACAUCUUCAACCUGGACAAGAACUACAGUCUGGAGCAGACUCUGAACGACCACUCGGCCUCCAUCACCGCCGUGAAGUUCACUGGUGAGAGUCCAGAGGUCCGGAUCGUGAGCUGUGGAGCCGACAAGAGCAUCUACUUCCAGAAGGCUGAGCAGAUGGUGGAGGGUCCGUGGUUCUCCAGGAGUCACCACGUGGUGGAGAAGACGACUUUGUACGACAUGGACCUGGACUCAUCGAGGACUCACGUCGCCGUCGCCUGUCAGGACCGAAACGUCAGGGUUUACAACGUGGAAACUGGGAAGCUGAAGAAGUGUUUGAAGGGCUCGACUAGCGAUGAAGGAGCGCUGCUGAAGGUCCAGAUGGAUCCGUCCGGGUCAUACUUUGCCACCAGCUGCUCCGAUAAGGACAUCACCAUCUUUGACUACGAGUCAGGAGAGUGUGUCGCCACCCUGUUCGGACACUCUGAGAUCGUCACAUGUAUGAGGUUCAGUCGGGACUACAGACACCUCAUCACUGUGUCUGGAGACAGUUGUGUGUUUGUGUGGAGGCUGGACUCUCAGAUGACCAGCACCAUGAGGAAGAGGCGGGGCCUCAAACUGUCCACCAGCAAACAUCAAACCAUCAGGAGGGAGACCUUCAUUACUGGACCCUCCUCUCAGCUGCCUCAGAUGGAGGAAGAGGCUGACCUCGGGACUCCAGACAGACUGGACUCUGUUCAGGACGCUCCGCUGCUUCAGACCAACGGGAAGCUGCCCAUGUGGUUCAGAAAGCUGCAGGGUCAAGGCGACGCCUCCUCUGCCAUCCAAUCAGCCGCGGAGCCUCGUCAGGUGAGGAGCCGGUGGGCGGAGCAACUGAACCCUCUGACCAUCUGCUCCAACUCCUCCCCGAGUCCCACCAAGAGUCAGGAGGAGGAGGAGGAGGAGGAGGAGGAGGAGGGGUUUAGAGAGGAGGAGGGAGACUUCCAUCCUCAGAGUCUGGAAAGUAUGCUGGAAGAUGAAGAGCAGGAGGAGGAGGAGGAGAACAAGGAGGAGGAGGUGCUCCAGAAUCCAGGUGACAACAGCAGCUACAUCAUCUACCCCUCCUCCUCCACCACCACCAUCAGGGAGUUUGACCCCCGGCGAUGUCUCGCCCAGCCGGAGGUCAAAGGUCAGACGGCGUGGGGCUCUCAGCGGAGUCCGGACUCCGCCUGCUCCGAAGACUCAGCGGGAAGCGUGGAGCAGCAGCAGGACGCGGACACCGACUCCCUCAGUCAGGGCAGCUCGGUGGGCAGUUUGGUUCUGGAGGACGAGGAGGACAGAAACUCUCUGAAGGACCACUUUGAUACUCUGGCCUCCAGUCUGAGCGACGAGAAGUUUGACACCAACCUGAGCACCCUGCAGCCUCCGGGGGAGACGCACUACCUGAACCCUCGGCUCAGCAUCUCCACCCGCUUCCUGUCCCGCUUCCAGGACCGAAUCAGGACGGGGCCCAGCAGAGCUCCGCCCUUCAUCUCCAUGCCGACCAGAAUCUUAGAGGAGAGCAACGUCAGCAACACAAUGGAGUCGAGCAGCGAGGCCUCCUCAGCUGAGCCUCAGAAAAACAACAACAACAACAACAACAGCAGCAGUAGCACCCUUCGUCGUAGAGCUUCCUGCAUGAUUACCCAUCAGCCCCUUCGCCGCCCGAGACGCCGACGACACACUGUGGUGGUCGUCCAGUGCAGAGAAACGCUGCGAGACGUCACCUCCAGGACUCUGGGGGCCCAGAUCAUCUGUGUGGCGCCUCCGGUCCAGGUGGAGGGGCCUCGGCUCGGAUACCUGGGAACCACCGCCAGCUCCAGGGCCAAGCUGGGCCAGGACCCCCCCUCGUCCCCCCAGGAGGAGGAGGAGAAGGAGAACCUGUCCUCCGACCUCCAGCCUCUUGCCCCCCUGCUGUCUGCUGGUCUAGACCUCCUCGGCACCAAACCAGACCCCUGUGAGGACCAGACCAGCAGCGUCGCCCUGCAGGUGUUGGCCACGCCCACCACGGUGAUGUCACAGGGCGGAGUCAGGCGUUUCAGCAGCAUCAGCAGCCUCGAGAAGACUCUGGUGAAUCAGAACCUCACUUUCAGCCCCGCCUCCUUCAUCACGGCCACGCCCAUUUCCUGUGACGUCAUCAGGUGCUCCACCUCCAAGAAGGAGGGGGGCCCAGGAGGACCCGAGACCAGUAUCUGGACUGACCCAGAUGCUGACCCGCCCACCUGCUCCUCCUCUCUGUCAGAGAAGCCCCGCCCCCCUCUAGCGGGUGAUGAUGAUGAAGGUGGUGAUGAAGAGUCGGUCUCUCUGCAGCAGUGCCAGCAGGUGGCCAACGAGCUGAGGCAGACGGCCAGACGAGCCCUCCAGCUGUACCAACAGCUCGGCGCGGCGGCCGGCGGUUCAGAGCGCCGUCUUCAGAUGUCCUCGGUCCUUCAGGGUGCGCUUGAUGUCGUUCACUCAGAGCUGCAGGCGGUGCUGUGGGGGGGCGGAGCCUCGGCUCUACCGGGGGGCGGAGCCUCGGCUCCACCGGGGGGCGGAGCCUCGGCUCCACCGGGGGGCGACGGGACGGCGGCUCUGCUGGAGAGAUACUCUGAGCUGCUGGUUCAGAUGACCCAGAACAAGCUGAACCGGGUCUGAACCGGGACCAGAACUCGUGACCAGUAUCAGUAUUCUACCUGAAGCACCUUAUGUUUUAUUCGUGUACACUGUUGUACAUAAACUGUAGUUUUAUGUUUAUUAAUAAUAAAGGUUUUAUUCCAGACUUCA